CCUUCGCCCUCGCUCGGCCCCGUGGUGGGCGGUGGGACCUGCGCCUUGGGGGCGGUCCCUCCGCGCUCUCGGGCGCGGCUUUCCCCGCAGGCUGGCCCAGAGGCGCGGCUGUUUCCGAGGUGACGGGCGGUCCUCCCGGAGCCGCUGGUCCCCCUCAGGGUCUCCCCGUGUGACUUGGCCUCUCUGGUCCUCCUGAGGGCGGGGAUGCGGCUGGCGCCCUCCUCCUGAUCUCCGCAGAUGGCCCCCGCCACCCGAAAGGAGCGGAUGCUGCGGGGCUUGGCGCAGCUGCUGCAGGACUCCGGAGACUUGAUUCUUGAUGGUACUAGUACCUUGACCUUAUUCACAUCCACACUGCACUAUCUCACGCAAAUAUUUGAGCAGCAUCUAAUACCACGAAACCAGAAUCACGGCUUUAUUGCACUCUCAUCACACCCUGCUGAAACGUCUGCCAUCCUUCAAGCCCAGUUUCUCUUUGAUGUCUUGCAGAAGACACUAUCUUUGAAGCUUAUUCAUGUUCCUGAUUGUCCUCUGCCAGCUGUUGUGAAGAUCUCCCCCUUCAAAUCUUUACGGUGUUUAGAGUUGAAGUGUGUCCCUCUGCACACUUUGAGAGGACUACGAUUUAUCUAUUCCCAAUUGGAGGCUUUGACCUGUUCCAAGUGUGUGAACUCAUUGCAGGAGAUAAUUUCAGCAUGUGGAGGAGAUCUCAGCUCUGCCCUGCCUUGGCUGGAACUACAGACAGUCAACUUCAGCUACAACUCCAUCUCGAACUUGGAUGACUCACUGCAAUUAUUGAAUGCCCUGAAGGCGUUGGAUCUUAGUCACAAUCUCCUCCAGGACUGUGAGCACUACUUGACAGUGUUGACAGAACUGGAAUAUUUAAAUGUCGCCUACAACUUCCUGCCCAGAAUUCCUGCUCUUGGGCUCCACAGCAGGGCUCAGUUGGUGGCCCUGAUCCUGCGGUACAAUCAGCUUGACAGUAUUAAUGGUGUGGAACAGCUAUCUAGUCUACAGCACCUGGAUGUUGCCUAUAACUUGCUGUUGGAACAUGCUUUGCUGGCACCACUGUCUUUACUGCACAACUUGAAAAGACUGCACUUGGAAGGGAAUCCAUUAUGGUUUGAUCAGAACCAUCGACCAGCUACCAUGUUGCAUUUGUCUCCUAGGGUCAUUUCCUGUGAUUUCCUCCUUGAUGGAGAAGUGCUGUCUACCUCUGACCUGCGGCAUCUGUCCAAACUGGAUCAGGUGGUGGUUUGUCCGCCGUACACACCUGCUUCAGAGAAAGCCCUGACGGACCGUACUGCUCUGGAGAGUUCUUGUGUGGCAGACCAGAGUGAUAGCCAGUCUUCUGGAGAGAGCAGAACUGCCCGGCUACCACCUCAGAAGAAAACAAAGGGGAAGGUCAAAGUGCGCAGGGCCAGCAUCUCAGAGCCUAGUGAUACCGACCAUGAACAUUCAACGCUGCCCCUCUCAGCAGUUCAACAGCACCAGGCAGAAAUGGAGCGCAUGGACAGUUUCCGGGAUCGUUUCGGUGCACACUGGCUCCAGUACAGAUGGCACCUAGAAGCUGGACAGACGGGGCCCAGCACACCCUCUGGCAGCCCCACAGCAGCCGAGGCUUCUGAGCAGAUCAAGAGCACAGUGGUGGAGCAGGAGAUAGUCGAUGCUGCAGAAGGAAUGGAACUGGAGCGGCCCCAUGUCGAAGCUGCCCCGGCAGCAGUGGACACAGACUGUUUAGCAUCUGUAGAAGAAAGAGAUGAGGAAGAGAAACCAGAAGCGGAACUCUGCCAGCCAGUGCUGGUAAGCCAGAUAGGUGAUGGUGACCCAGACCCAGACUGGAUCUUCCUGCGAGUUACGGCUCAGCAUGUGACGGAAGUGGAACUGAAAGCAGCCAAAGUGGUGCACAGGCUAGAAGUACAACAUUUGCAGAAAAUAGAAACGUCGGAGAUACUGUGGAGAAGGCUGGACCUGGAGCGUGUGUUUCCUGUUCUCACGCUGCAUUUCAACUACAUCUGCAAGGAUCGUCAGAAGCGUCGCUAUGUAGUGUUGGAUGAUCAUCCUGAGCUUUGUGUACAGGAAUUGCUGAGAGUAUUGAAACCCACCGUGGAAGAAAAUAGGAAGAAGGGCAGAGAGCAGGCAGAGGGCGGUUCAAAGCUCCAGUGCUUGAAAUGUACACUCGAGUUUGCUGCAGACUUGCUUUGUCAGCAGAAUCCAGGCCCUGCUGAUGGAAUGCCAGCAUUUUCUGAGCAAGCUGCUGCUGCUUUCGCUGAACCCAUGAUCUGCCCCAGCUGCUUCAGUGAUCAUGUGGUCAUCCUACCCUGUGAGAGGCGCCCCAGCACGCCACUGCCCCCUCAGGAAUGUCUUGAUGAAAGCCAGCAGGAAGGGGCAUCAGGGAAGUUUUACAUUGGAGAAGAGAACUCUGAAACUGGAACCAGCUCCAGCACUCGGACUCAAGAGCUGAGCGGCGACCAUAGCAGUGCCAUGCAUUCCAGUUCCCGCAGCUCUGAAGGGGGGGGCAGUGGGAGCAGAAGGGAUCUGGGUUCCCGGUACCGCUGCUCUUCCCUCAGCCACAUGGACACCAACGCUGGAAGCUUGAUGGGGAGCUACGGCUACAGCGCUUCCCGGGGGACCACCCCUUCUCAGCUCUCCCUGAGCUCAGAGUAUGACGAGCACUGGAACCUCAGCCCCCCCUCAAACACUAUGUUGACCAUGCGGGACUUCUGUUCUGUAGACCAUCGUCUCAAGCUUUAUUUGGACAUGGAAGUCUUCGAUAAGUCAGAAGAGUUCAAGUGUUUCCUAAAGGUCAGUGUAGUGAAAGAUGGCCAGCCUGGGGAGUUUCUGGCACUCGUCGUGGCUUCAGACGUCCAGCUCUAUUUCUUGGAGAUUAAGGGAGAAAUCAGGGGGCAGCCGUCAGAUUGGCUGAAGAAGACUGACUGCCACAGUCUCUGUAGCCUCUGUGCCUGGGAGGUGGGGCUGUUCUACCAGAGCUUGCACAUUGAGUUUGAGAACCCAUGCGCCUCCUACACUCUGCUACUUCGCAACCAGAACCGCUGCAGAAGAUUCCUGCAAUGCCUAACACAUCUCAUGCGGGAAUUGCCAGCCAAGAGCCGAAGAGAAAUCCCAGAGGUCACUGUGGCAGAAAUGACUCCGUGUCAUCCACUGUGGGCAUUCCUUGACAAAGACCUAGCAAAAGAAGCUGGGGGUGGCUCAGCCAAGCCUUUCUUCUACCUCUUGGUUUAUCUCAUCCAAGGAGCAUCUGCCUUUCCCGUGACAUUGCUCAGCACCCGUAGCAAUCUCUUCUUGGUGGGAGAAGAUCAUCAGAGGCAGAAAGUCCCACCCGUCUCUGGAGCAGAGGGGGGUACUGAGAAGCUGCCAAAGAGCAGCUUCCCAUUGAGAGAGAGUCAGCCAAUCAGCAGCAUCAGUGGUGUCAUACUUUACCGCUUUUCCCCUUGUGACGUGAAGAUCCAGCUUUACGAUGAAGUCCUGAAGGUGGAGAGUACUUGGCACUUGCGCACCGAGUGUCCAGAUCUGCUGGCUGAGCUGGUGGAGUGGCUGCGAGUUCCCUGGGAAGAAAUGUUUUCAAUUGCUCUCAACAAGACCGUGCUCGAGGUGCUGGAGUGACGGAGGGAGAGUUUACAGGGCUCUGGGGGCUGUGUUUCUGUCUAAUCGGAAGGAUUCUUGGGCUGCUUCCUGAUCUCUGCUGUGGUCUGACGAUUUCAGACUUUGCCAGAUUCCAGACAGCAGCAAUUUCUGACGAUGCAAGUAGCCCUUGCAUCGAAGACCAUUGUUCUGGCAGCAGAGACGAGGCAAGUUUUGUAUUUGCGCUAUAAGGCCUGUUAGUGACUUUGUAAGCUACUUCCUGUUUGGCAGGAGGUGAGCUAACUAGUCUCCCCACAAACUACCUCCUGUUGCACUAAAAGGCCCAGGUGUCACCCUUGGGUCACUCCCUAAGCUGUCCACAAGAACGUUGUGUGCACUUGUCACUUUCUGUUGAGGAGCAGUUGCUGAGGAUCCUGGAAGAGGGCACGCCGACCAGCUGGACCAGUUCUGGAUUGUGCCCAAGACGGAACGUGCUGGCUUGGCUAGCGGGGGCUCAUGCAUGCUUGGUGUUCUCAAGGCACAGGCUCAGAACUGUUUCUAAACAUCCCCACAUAAGAUGGAGAACUCAUUGUCUCGACUGGUCAAGAACUGCACAUAUUGGCAGAACCAUUGAAAGGGUUUCCUUUAGCUAUUGGAGCAAGGUGUUCAAGAAGAGUCUCUGGGUGGAAAGAUACCUGGGUAUAGGCCACUGGAAGCCAUAAUCUUCCU